UCACUCUCCUCCCCCUCUGUCUCUUUUCCCACCUCUUGUCUCUGUCUCUCUCUUGUUCUCUCUGCAUCUUAUCCACACACACCCCCUCCUCUGCUGCUUUCAUUCAGAUUAUUUACCCAUCUCCUCCUCACUCCCUCACUGUGCCUCUCUCCUCCCUCUCUUCCUUGCCGCUGCUGCUCUUUGCCGCCUCACCCUUACAUCCCUCCCUUCCUACCAGCGCUCCCUCCUCCCUCCCUCUCCUCCUCCUCCUUUUGGAGAUCUUCAAAGCUGACCAGCAUACGCUCGCAUAACACAUAGCAUAACACACUCCUCUCCUGCGUGGGAAAAACAUGUCAGCUAUUCUGGAUCUGGACCAGAUUGCAUGCUCUGGGAAUGGAGUGGAGCAUGACAUUGAGACUCCCCAUGGCGUUCUCCAUGUGACCAUGAGAGGUGUUCCCAAGGGCAACAGACCCGUCAUCCUGACCUAUCACGACAUCGGCCUCAACCACAAGUCGUGCUUCAACACCCUGUUCAACUAUGAGGACAUGUUGGAGAUCACGCAGCAUUUUGCGGUCGUCCAUGUGGACGCGCCCGGCCAGCAGGAGGGUGCACCUCCCUUCCCCAGCGGUUAUCGCUACCCAACCAUGGACGAGUUGGCUGAAAUGCUGCCCUCUGUGAUGACUCAGCUGAAGGUCAACAGCGUGAUCGGCAUCGGCGUGGGAGCAGGAGCGUACAUCCUCUCCCGCUUUGCACUGAACAACCCCACUCUGGUGGAGGGGCUGGUUCUGAUCAACGUCGACCCCUGUGCUGAAGGCUGGAUCGACUGGGCAGCUUCAAAGCUGUCUGGCUGGACCAGUAAUUUGGUGGAUAUCGUCAUGUCUCACCACUUCAGCACUGACGAGCUGACAGAGAACCAGGAGUUGAUUCAGACCUACCGCCUCCACAUCGCCCAAGACAUCAACCAGGACAACCUGGCCCUCUUCUGUGGCUCCUACCAAUACCGUCGGGACCUGGAGAUCGAGAGGCCAAUUGUAGGUCUAAAUGAGGACACAGUCAACACACUAACGUGCCCUGCAUUGCUGGUAGUUGGCGACACAUCACCUGCUGUGGAGGCCGUGGUGGAGUGCAAUUCCAGGUUAAAUCCAACCAAGACCACGCUGUUAAAGAUGGCUGAUUGUGGAGGCUUGCCCCAAGUUGUGCAGCCAGGGAAACUCGCUGAGGCCUUCAAGUACUUUGUUCAGGGAAUGGGCUACAUUCCCUACGUUCUUCUCAGUCACCUGAGCAACGAAUCAGUGCCGUCAGCAGGAAUGACUCGUCUGGCUCGCUCGCGCACCACCUCCUCUUCCAGCAUCACCUCCAUGGACAGCAGUCGCAGCCGCAACAACCUCAACAGCCUGCUGGAGGGCAAUGCCACCGGGGUGUUGGACAACCAGGCUACACCCCAGACCAUGGAGGUCUCCUGCUAAACCCCAACACCACCCACCCACCCCCCCUCUGCACACUCCCAUAGUAACUUAUGCCCCCCCCCCCUCUUUCUCUCGCUCUCUCCCUCUAUCUAUUUCUCUCUCAUCCUGCUCCCAAGCAACUCCGUGCCAGGAGGAUCUGUAAUGAACUAUGUGAUUAGAAAAAGAGGAUGUAAUAAAUAUAUUAACAGAUGCAUAUUAUUAAAUAUUGAAUAUUGAAUACACUGUCAAAGUCAUUCCUACCAGAAACCAUAACUACAUUCAGAUGUGUUGUAUAUUAAAAUGGUCAAAACAUAUGAUCGACUCAGCUGUCUCACCUCAACCCCUUGUAUUUAUUUUUUUCACAUUGUCUUUGUUUUUGUUUUUGUCUUCCCAAACACUAGAAAUCAUUCAUGCCUUCAAAAUAACUAUAUAUAGAAUUUUUUUUUUUUACAUUUCUUUUUCAUUGCACUGUACAUCGCUUUUACUACUUUAACUCUUCUCCUCCGGUGUGAACUUGUGGGCUGCAUUGAUUGUGAGUCACCCUAUCUUUGUGUUUUUAAUCUCAAACUUGCUGCAAUGUGAUAACAAAUUAGUCACAAAGUGCAGAGAGGGAUCACUAAACCUACCGUAGCUGCAGAAACAAAGGUAAAGUGAUGUGGAUGGCAGAAGACUGCAGUCUGUGGCACACGGUCAGUAAAGCUAAGCUGUGGAGAGAGCUGCUUUUGAACAUUUGAAACCCAUUCACUGUUGAGGAAAAGUCAUGUACCAGUGUGUCAACUGUCACUUCGCAUACAUUCAUUCAUUUUCUUUUUGUAAUUGAACUCGUCUCCUUUUCUUCUCUGCUUUGUGUUGUUGUUUUUGUUCAGUUGAAUAGAUUAUUCAGUGGUGUUUUAACAACCUUUUAACAAGUGGGUUCUGAUGUGAAAAGUAUGAGUCCCUUCACUGAGGGGCCCAGUGGUCUGCUUAUUCAACUCAUUUAUAUUACUACUGAAUAAAGCUACAACAUGA